GACGAGGUUGCGCGCGAUAUGGAGGUGUCCUUCCGCGGCAACGCUAACGGUGUCGACCUCCUCGAUCGUAUCAACACGCUAGACGCGGAGACGGCCGGCCUGCUCGCAGUGCGAAGCGGUCAGGUCGUGAGGUGCUUCGACGUGUUUGGCUCGGCGGCGCCGGCAUCAAGGCGCGACUCCGCGCCGGCGACUAGCGCCGCCAUCCUGGCUGCCACGGCACGCUCUUCCAACGAGCGC